CACCGGGUUUGUGUGUCCGUCGGUCGAUCGAUUGUUCGCGGUUUCUCAAUCGGCGAGUUCGUUCUGUGGCGCGCUCUAGCCCGCCAAAUUGGCGGGACCACGUCGUGCCACAGCGAACCAAAAUCAAACAAACACACAAAAUGGCGGACAGCGACUCGGGCGAUGUUUUCGCCGCAGAAAAUAUCCAAAAGAAGCGAAUUCGAAAGGGACGCGUGGAGUACCUCGUUAAAUGGAAAGGAUGGGGACACAAGCACAACACAUGGGAGCCCGAAGAGAACAUUCUCGAUAUUCGGUUACUUGAGGCGUUCGAAGCCCAGCAAGCCAGGGACUCAAGGAGAGCCCAGAAGAGAAGACGGGAAGCGACUGCGAGCCAUCAACAGGAGGAGACUGAUAAUAACGAACAAGGAAGUAAAAGCAACUCCGAGGAUGAGCUCGCCAACACCGACAGACCCGGGCCCAGCCGGCAGAAUCGAAAACACACUGACCCAUCUCAACCAGGAUGCUCGAGGGACAGUCAAUACCUAGGAGAGCAUGGAGACAAGGAUUCGAAAGAAGUCACGAGCAAAGACGUGAAAGAGAAAGAUCGGAGAAGUCCGCUCCCAGGCAGACCUCUCAGUGCGUCAGGUUUUGUUGAAAGCCCCGCCGAGGCGGUUAAAGUAAACCAGAGAUGUGUUACCCCUUUGUCGAAGGAACACUUCAAAGACAUUUAUAAACCUCAUAAGCUGGAGCAUUCGACAAAGAAGAAUGAUAACCAUUCUCCUCCAUCGGCAUCGAAUCAUCAUCCACAUCAGGCCAAAUCUUCGACACACGCCGACGGCAGCAAAUCCUCCGGUAAAGACGCUGGCGCAAAGGUCACUUCGAGCAAUAGCAAGGACGACGCAUCAACAGGUUCCGGGGCGAAAGGGGCUAAGGACAGCGCCGGGUCUAGCGUCGGCGGCAGCAGUAGUAACAACAGCAAUUGUAACAGUUCUGCCAGCGUCGUUAGCUCCGGAUCCACCGGUGUCGGAGCUGCUAUUAGUAACAACAACCAGAAGGACAGGACAUCCUUUGGAAAGGACGCCAGCAGCACAUCAGGCCGGACACAUCAUGGCGUACAGCCGAAGAACAAAGACAUCGCGAAGGAGCCAACACAGCAACAGCCGACGGCGCAGCCACCCACGAGCAAAGAGCAGAAGCACGCCCGCGAAAAGGAGAAAGAUCGAGAUCGCGACAAGGAUCGAAGUACAACAUUAUCAACACAAUUGUCAUCAUCGUUAUCAUCAGCAUCAUUAACAGUAUCACUACCAUCGUCCGUAUCGACGAGCAGUGGGAAUAAUGCGUCUUCUACUAUAAGCGUCAAAGGGGUAGUAGCGUCAGCGGCAAAUGCUUCACGGGCUACUCAGGGUUCCUCCCUUUCAAAGGGCCUCAGCUCACCGGAUGCAAAACGAAUCAAGAUCGAGGUAGGAGGCGCGAAGAGCGAUGGACAUCACGGUCAUCACAAGUCCAGUUCGUCGUCGUCGUCGUCGUCGUCAUCGUCAUCGUCCUCAUCAUCAUCGUCGUCGUCGUCAUCGUCAUCGUCGUCGUCGUCAUCGUCGUCGUCAUCGUCAUCUUCUUCCUCUGCUUCGUCGUUGUUGGGCAGUUCUAUUACUGGCUCUGGUUCGGCAGUGGGCAUUUCGGCGGCAGCAACAUUGGACACCUUCGACAGACUGAAGGCGUCCGAUGACCUGCUCGACAAAAAGGAUUCCUCUCCCAUUUCGUUCGGAAGCCCAAGCAGCAAUGCUAGUGUCAGUGUGGGUGGAAGCGGGUCCCGGGCUAGCUUCCGCGAGAUCAGCGUUUCCUUAGCUGCCCCGGCCGACAAGCCGGGCAAGGUUGCGUCUGCACCUACAUCAGCGAUUUGUAGCAGCGGUAGCAGUAAUGCUAGUAGUAACAUCAAUAGCAGGUCUAGUGACUUGAAUGAAUCGAAGGCGACGACAGCAGCUGGUUCCAUUGGGGUACUGGACAAUAAUAGUAAGCUGUCGAACAAGGGAGGCCGCAGUUCGAGCACGUCAAUAGACUCGGGUGCGGUAAAGGUCUGGCCGAGCAAAGAUGACAGUCCAGCGGAUGUCAAUGCUGCUGGUGGAUUGGAGGCCGUCAAUGCCACGGAAACACGCAAAGAUCACUCUGUUGGUACGGCAGCGACGCAGUUAACGAAGUCAAUCAAGAACACGCAGUUAGUUGAUGGCAGUUCUCAGCCGAAGGUAAGACAGCUACAGGUACAGCUGCAGAGGCAUUCGACAGCGCCGACGACAACAACGACCAGUACAAUUUCAACGCCGUCGGUGGCCGUUGCGGUUUCACAGGGGGCAUCAAAGAGCGGGCACGUCGUGUCCCAACAGAUCCCUCAGCAAAACAAAAAAACGUUCACCGCAACAACUACGACACAGUCAACGACCAAGGCGCCGUGUUCGACCACCGCCUCGACUACAAUAACCACAUCCGCUUCGUCCGCGCCAGUCAAGCAGUCUUGUGGAACCCCAAGUGGCGUAGGAAACGCUGUGCAAGCCGCCAACUCGAAAGGGGUCAAGGCCAAUGCAAGUUCCAACGCCAAUUCAGUUUUGGCAGCUGCCACGGCGUCUCCAACCGAUGGUUCGAAGACUUCAACGUUCCCUCACAAGCAUUCGAUGCCUGCUGUUGCUCCUAAACCCUCCAUACCUCCAUCGAUGACGUUAACCUUUCGGCAUAUGGUCCAGCAUACGGAUCGAAGCGGACCAAACAAAAAAGGUCAACAACAGCAACCGCAGCAACAGCAACAGCAGCAGCAACAGCAGCAGCAGCAGCAGCAGCAGCACCAACAACAACAACAACAACAACAACAACAUCAUAAUCAACAGCAGCCGCAGCAGACGACGCAUUUGCAACCGCAGCCCGCGACGACGAUCAGUUCAACUGAGGCAAACGCCGCGCCACUUGGCAUGCGUACGACCAGUAAUAAUGGCCUCACAAGCAAGAUGUUUAUAGGUAAUCCCACCAGUGCCACGGUGUCGAAAGGUUCAACGAACUCGCCCUCCGUACCAGCAACAAGCCAACAGCAACAGCUGGGAGGUGCCGCCUUGAAAGGACAACAACAGCCAGCUCAGCAGCAGACUAUCCCCAUGAGCGGAAAACAGCAAACGGCACAGGUGGCCCUUGGCGUCAACGGCACUCCAGGCAGCCCAGGUACACAUUCUGGUGUUCCGGUAACGGUACAGUCGCAGCUAGAUCCGUUGGUUGCGGACGCUUUAAAAGGAACUGGUGCGCAAGUCUCUUCUGUCAAUUUAACGACGACGACGUCGACGACAACUACUACUGCAUCAAAUCGGUCGAGCGUGAAGAUGCUUUUAGCAGGAAAAAUCCCCGCCUCUGUCGCUGGCAGCGUACAGAAUUCGGCCUCGAGCCAACAGGGGUUGUCUGUUGUGUCACCUGCCGUUUCUCAAACACUGACUCAGGCGUCAGUUCAGACUGGAUCAGUCGUAUCUGCAGCGGGAAUGAGUUCUCCUCAGUCAGGUCACCCAGCUCAUAUUGCGGUAACCUCACAGUCCGCGCUUUCUGCUUCAACCGGUGCCAUUCCAGGCCAGCUGCAACAGCAGACGCAACAACAACAAACGCAUCAAGCUUUGCAGGCGCCCUCCGCGCCACCCCCAACCGUUAGCUCCCCUAUGACGCUCCUGGCGGGGGUGCAGCUACCGCCAGGUGUACAGUUAACCCAGAUUUCACCUGCCCCGUCGUUGUUACCCACAGUAACGUCGGUGGGUCAACAACCCACGCAUCAGCAACAGACUCCGGGAGCGCCUUUGUUAUCACAAGGAGCCGUUACACCUUUGACGUCUGGACACCUUGGCGCCUGCGCUACCAGCGCAAUGCUGUCUCAGGGAGCAGCUCAAACGGCAAAUGAUUUACAGCAACAGCAGCACCAGGCCCAACUUCAGCAACAAACACAACUUCACUCACAGCAGCAGCAGCAGCAGCAGCAACAGCAACACGGUUCGGCUCAAGGUGGUGAAAACACGAAUGUCACGUUGAAUGGAAGAGCUCCAUUUACUCCGCUGAUGAUCGGGGGUGGCCAGCUGGGUGCAGCAGGAGGACCGCUCACAUCUGCCGCUGCAGCAGCCGCCUCUAACCAUUCCGGAGCCCUGGGGGCGCUCCAACAGCUGCAGGCUCAGCAACAGCUUGCUGCUCAGGGGGGCUUGACGAGUCAGACGGCUCAGCAUCUGCAAGGACAGAUGGCCCAACAGAUUCAGGGACAUAUGGUGAUGGGCUUACACAGGCAGAAGGGAGCUAAUCAGCAACAAAUCACGACAAUUGCUCCAGGGACUGGCGCGUUUCUGAAGACUUCGAUUGGAACCGCACAGAUGGCGACGGCGCAGCAGCUACAGCCAAGGAUUGCACCUCAGACCGGUGCCGGUGUUAUGGGACCUGGAGGGAUUCAGGAUCCAAAAAAGGCAACAAGCGGGGGCAACCUUAUGGACAAACCAUUACAUAUGGCCGUUCCACCGGUAGCAGCUAGAUUAGCCCCCCCAACGGUACCGAUGUCGCCUGCCAUGCAGCAUCCAGGAGCACAUCAAAACCAGUCUCCUCAGACGCCAGAGCAUUUACAGCACGACCACGACAAAAAACCACAAGCCCAGGUAGUCUCGACAAACAAUAACCUUCUCACACAUGGGUCCACCCCACAGCACAUGGCCAUCGCUCGAUUAAACAACCAGUCCCUGGCACCCCAUCCUAUCCAACCACAACAGCAGCUCGGUAGUGGCCCCAACAGCGGAACGGCGCCUGGCCAACAACAACAACAGCAGCAGCAGCCGACACGUCCACAGCAGCCGACCCGGAAACGUAAACACAAAGAAGUGACCACUGUCCGUGAUAUGCUUGAACGUCAGCAGAGAGCGGCUCAACAGCAGUCGCCGCAACCAGUAGCUGCUCCUUCCUCUCAACAACAGCAACAGCAGCAGACGCACCCAUCUGCAACAGGUGGCAUUGCAGUUAGCCAACAACAAUCACAACAGCAACAGCAGCAGCAGCAGCAGCAGCAACAGCAGCAACAACAACAACAACAGCCAUCUCAACCUAGCCAGGGACAGCCGUUAGGACAUCCUUCUCAACUACCCGCAGCAACGCCACAUUCGGCCGCCUCACCAGCGACAGGUCAACAGUCCAAUCCUCUUCAUGCAUCUGGUCCUACGCCGGCGGUAACAGCCGUCACGAACGGUGGCUCAGCGGCUCUCGGUCCAGGACAGGUGGCCGCAGCAGGGGGGCUACCAUUAAACCCCGCUGUAGGACACCAUCAUCCAUCGGUCGGCGUGGGUGCAGGAGGAGGCCAACCAGCGCCUCCACCACCCCCAGGUCCUCCAGCGCCGUCUCAACCUCCGGCGUCAGCGACCAUCAAGUCAGCAAUAGCCAACUGGCAGCCGACGCCUCCAGCUCUUAUUAACAAGAUUCUCAUUACCGACGUCAAGGUGAACGCGGUCACGGUCACGGUUCGAGAAUGCAAGACUUCCCUUGGCUUCUUCAAGAGUCGGACAUGAACGGUGAAGAGAUGUGAUGCAGGUGUCAAGGAGAGAAAAAGAAAAACAUCGAUUAAAAGCUGACGCGAUAGAGUUAUACGCGUACUACGCUAUUCUCGGCGUGGGCGCGUUGGUCAUUGUUGGUUCUUGUCGUUAUUUGCCUAGGACCGAAGCUACGGCUCGGCUAUGGGCGGUGUAUAGUCAACAAUAAAAUAAGAGAUGGUGAUGCUGGUGACACACGUGGAGAGUUGUAUACAAUACCGCAGCCGAUGGACGUGUAGUGCAAAGUGAGUCGAGCGUACGUGAAGCGCACCUGCUCCUGCGUGGUCGCGACCCGCAUAUUCGCGGCGGGAUAACAAGGAGGAACUGCCGGCCGGAUUUGAACUUUGGACCUCAGAUGGCAGCCCCCUUGAGACUACCCGCCUUGUACAGUAUUUAUCAAGGUUGAAGACAGGGUACUCUGGUUAGCGACCUCGGCGUCCUUGGGCGCGUGUUGGGCUUGUGUGUCGGCUUUUUGGCGACGACAUCAAGAUUUUUUCAGUACACACACGUACACGGAAAUGCUUGACGUGAAGAGAAACACGAAUCAAGUCUCAAAAAAGAAUCGAACGAGGAGGAAUGCUCGCGGUGGUCGACUGCCUGACGCGACGAAUCGCCUUCGACACACAUCUGCUUGAUCGUGUGAAAGAAGUUAGGCUUCCACCAGCUGACACAAACGUCUUUGGCCAUUAUCUUGGAUCUGGCCAUUUCUUUCACCAGUGUCCGGAUUUCAGCUUCGUUAGAACGGGCAAGACACAGCCUUUUCUCUCUAUUUUGAGAAUCAGUGCUGCGUAACGAGUAAAGUGUAUGUGUGUCUGUUGUAAACCCACAAAUCUUCGGUAGAGCGACAACCUUGGUGUGACAGCCUUGGGAAGAUGCCUUUUGACGUACAUGUUGUUAGUGGGUGGUAAUGUGGUAAGUAUGCGGGAGUUACUAUCUUCGUUGACUUCGUUCAAGAGGUAAUUAAAAGCGAGCUCUGUUCGUCCGUAAUGUGUAUGUGCCUAUCGGCGUAGCGUCCCUUUAUUCAAAAGUUUUCAGCGCCUCAUUCUCGGUCACGUAUUGGUACCAGGGAAAAGCUGAGACGGUCGGUCGGUCGGUCGGAUGCGACUCAGACGCAGUGAGGACCACUAUCAAAAAAACUUCGGAUGAGUUCAGGUGCAAGUGGUGUGGGGGAAAAACCGCACUAUUGCAGCUCAUCGGAAGCUAAUCGAUCGUUUGGACGGCUGAAUAGCCAAAUAAAACGAUGUUGCGCCGCGUUUGUAGAUAUUGGCGAAACUCACACAACGGCGUAAUAAGUAAAGUGAUUCGAGACAAACAAUCUCGGUAAUUAGGACAUUGGUUUUUCUCUUGGUCUUCUUCCAAGCGAAAGGAAGAAACAUUGCGGAAAAACGGCGCUGGAAAUGAGCUAGCAUAUAAUAAGAUGGCAAAUCAUGGAGCACAUCAUCCCCUGUCGGACCAAUAAAAAGUAAACCUGUUCUCAUUGGCACUCACUGAAGCACACUGCAGUUAACUUGAAUUGACGAUGGCCUUUAAUAUAGGCAAAAAUAUAAUUCAUUCAUCUACCGUCACACACAUCCUAUGCAUAUUGGAUAGAUAAAUCAAAAGGACGAUUGAGUUUGAUCGGAGACUGCAGUUGCACGCUUUCAUUGAUGCACAUCAAUCCGGCAGACGAGUUGAAGUGAUCAUGUGACUGGAAAACAUAAUCACAUCCCAUCAAGAACACUGAGAAAUUUCGAAUCUACGGACACGUUCCUUAUUUGCGAUGGUAUUGAUCGAAGGACGCAGUCGUUUUUGUAAGGCCUGUACGCGGUCUGCGCACACUGGCCAAUCUUGCCGAAGCCUGUGAAUGUCGAUAACCUGAAGGCGGAACGGAGGUAGGGAAAACUGAGCAAAAAGCAGUGCGUUAGUUAUUCGGGCGAGGUUGAUGCAACGGAGUGUGGGUAUGACGGGACAGCGAACAAGGGACCUCCAAAUGACAAAAUUAGUCCUUUAACUGACCUCGACCACGUUCGGAGCGGCCUUCCCGUUGAAAGUUGAAAAGUCACCCUCAUUGUUAACAAUGCGCAGGUCGCCGAUCAAUGAAUUCUGGUUGGACGAUCUCGCUACCGUGUGAUGCGAUGCAUAGCAUUAUUAAUUAUUAUUAAUGUAGUAGAAAUAGUAAUGCAGAGUAAUAAUAAUAUGUAGAGGUAGAAAAUAUAUAUAUAUAUAUAUAUAGCGAGAGAGUGCGAAAGAUACGACGGAGAAACUGUGUAGUAAUAUUACUGAUGAUGAAAAUAACGAUUUUAAUGAUAAUACGAUUGAUUGAUGACCCUAGAUUAAGUGAGCUACCUCGCUUAUGCCGAGGCCGACUGAAUAUGCGCUGUAAAAUAACGUCUGCAGCAAAGGUGAACUGAAAUUGAGAUAGUGGUUCGAAACGUGUCCGGAUUGUAGCGUCCUAUUUCUCAUUCUAUCGAAGAAGAGAGUUUGAAAUGUGGAGGAUUUUUUUGCCAAUCCACUUUAUGAGGGUGGUCAAUGAAUGUCCACGAGAGUGAAACGGGGCUAAAGUGGAAUAUACUCGAGCGUCCAUCAACCGUUUUCUGCUCCACAGUCGGUGCCGCCUUCGAGCCUCAUUGGGGAAAUAGUAACAUGGAGGUUUACAGAUACGUCUGCUAGUACUAUAGUUGCUGCUGAGUUAUGAGAAUAUUUGCAAGAUAAUCGUUCGUAGCACGACGCAAGCGACACGUUUAUUCUUCACGUAUGCACUAUAUACACGACAACACUCACAAGGGAUCACUCGUAAGAAGGAAGUAGCUGACGAAACACUACGACGAAACACACUAUCACACACCACUAUGUAUGGUAAUGUAAGUACUACGGUGAACCGUUAUUAUUACUUUUGUAUCUUUUUGAUGGCUCGUGACGAAAACGAUCCGCAUUCGUUAGAUACUGCAAACAGUUCAAUGCGGGAGGUGUAACCGGGAAAAGAUGACUGUUACCUUCGCUGGAAAGCAGAUUUGAAAAAACUUCCUUUUUCAUAAUAUUAUUGCUUUGAUUGGAGCACGUAUGGCAUAGUGAAUCGGUUCAAGUUCACAGUUAACUUAAACAGAGAACUGGGAUACCUACUUUCCCUUUUGUGCGGACAGGAAAGGUAUCGAUAGUAGGAAAAAUCUAGAGCGUCUCAAAUUGCGCGCUACAAGGUUAGCUUCAAAUUUCUAGUCGAUGUGUGGCCUUUGUUUCGACUCCCACCCCCC